CGAUACAUGUCUAUUCGAAGUUUGAAAGAGAGAGAGAGAGACGAGUUCCAAACAAUAGCUACAUGGAGGAGGAAAAGUACGACUUCAGCUCGAAACGACGUCGAUUGGAUCGAUGUCGGUGAGAGAUAUUCGUCCCACAUCGACAGCAGAAGAAAGAGGAGUUGAUUUCAAGUAACGGCGCUAUGGAAGAGGAGUUCGUCCCUUCGGGGACAUCCGAUAAAAUUGGAACGAUACAGAGAAGAUUAGCAUGGCCCCUGCGCAAGGAUGACACGCACAAAUCGAGAAAUGGUUCAAAUUUUUUUCGCACUCUUCGCCCCCGUUCCUUUCUCGAAGAACUAGGGUUUCAGGUUUUUUAUUCUCGAUGACUUCAGAAAUCCUCUUGCGAAACGGAAGAUUAGAUAUUUCUGAUUACGCUGGUUCAGAGGGGGAAUUCCAGUUUUUUUUGAAGGAGCUUCCAAGAUCCCAUCUGGUAAUACAAGUGGAAAGAUUGAACUGUGUUCAAUAGCUGGAUAGUUGUUCAACAGACAAUCAGUAAGAGGAAUUGGUGGCAAAAAUUUACUCUUUCUUGUGUUUCAUUGUCAAGUUGUUCAUAUUUGAUGUGCUAUACUAGUCAUUAGUGUCUAUGGCUGAACCAAGCCUCAAAUGUUCCUCCCAAGAACACUGCCCUUUCGCCGAAAUCACUCUUCCAAUCCACUUCGUGAUUUUGCCUUUUUCCCUAACCGAACCCUCAAACCACUGCCACCGCCGCCAUUGCCAAACCCACCACACCUCUCUGUCCUCACGGACAAAUGCACAUCAAUGCACCAACUGAAACAAAUCCAUGCCCAAAUGGUUGUAUCAGCUCGAAUUCACGACAACUACGCUGCUAGCCGAUUGCUAUCCUUUUCCGCUCUUUCGGAUUCCGGUGACCUUAGUUAUGCUCUCAAGCUCUUUUGGUAUACCCAGGAACCUAAUUCCUUUAUGUGGAAUACCCUGAUUAGAGCUCAUGCUAGCAGCCCAAACCCUAGCGAAGCCGUGUUUCUUUACAUGAAGAUGCGAAGGAUUGGCGUUGUACCAGGGAAGCACACCUUCCCUUUUCUUCUCAAGGCAUGUUCCAAUUCAGUGUCGAUUGAGUCUUGUAAACAAGUUCAUAACCAUGUUUUGAAGUUAGGAUUGGACCUGGACUUGCAUGUUGUUAAUGGGUUGGUUAGGGCUUACUCUGUUUGUAGCGAGUUAAAUGGUGCCCGUCGAGUAUUUGAUGAGAUGCCAGAGAGGAAUUUGAGUAUUUGGACGACAAUGAUAUGUGGGUAUACUCAAAACUUUUGUGCCAAUGCGGCAUUGGAAUUGUUUGAUCAAAUGAUUGCUGAUGGGUUUGAACCCAACGGGGUAACAUUGUCCUCUGUGUUGUCCGCUUGUGGUCGAUCAGGAUGUUUGGAUUUGGGAGAGAAGAUUCACGUGUUUAUGGAACAGAAAGGGAUUGAUUUGGGUGUUAUUCUUGGUACCGCAUUGGUGCACAUGUAUGCAAAGAACGGAGCAAUUUUAAUGGCUCGAAAGUGUUUUGAGAGCAUGGCUGAAAGGAACACCGCAACAUGGAAUGCGAUGAUGUGUGGAUUGGCCUCCCAUGGACAUGCUGAAGAAGCACUAAAUCUCUUUCAGAGACUAGAAAAGGAGGAGCAGGUUGUCCCAAAUGAUAUAUCAUUUGUUGGGGUUUUAUCUGCUUGCUGUCAUGCUGGCUUGAUAGACUAUGGUCGUGAAGUUUUCUACUCCAUGAAGCGGGUAUAUGGAAUCGAGCCCAAGAUAGAGCACUAUGGAUGCAUGGUUGAUCUUCUUGGGCGAGGUGGGAGGCUACUAGAGGCUGAGGAGCUGAUAAAAGGAAUGAAGUGGAAAGCCGACAUAGUGAUUUGGGGAGCAAUGUUGGGAGCUUGUAAGAACCAUGGCGAUAUAGAUGUUGCAGAACGGGUAGUGAAAGAAAUUCUUGAUUUGGAACCUCGUAAUCAUGGGGUUUACGUUGUUUUGUCUAACAUGUAUGCGGAGGCUGGUCGAUGGGAGGAUGUUUCGAGGUUGAGGAAGGUGAUGAAAGAAGGUAAUUUGAAGAAAGCACCCGGGUGGAGCCUUGUAGAUGGUGAUAAUUAAUCUCUGAUUACCUACAUGCUGCAUAAUGCCAGUUAAUCAUUUACCGGCAUUAGACUCAUAUGUCCUUAGAAAAGAAGAGUUGAUUACAAAUGAUGAUGAAGAGGUGAUCUGGAUUCUAAUUAACUGAAAGUGGAACCAGGAUUUGUUACUCAUGUGAGAUGGUUUUGGGCUGAGAUUUACCCGUUUCGCUGCUGAUUACAAUGCAUCCAAUCUUUCUGGUUAGGAAGUCAUCAGUUUGUGUUUCUUACAGAAGAAAUAUGUUUGGCUUUCAGCCUACAAGUAUGUGUGUGUUUGCAAUGGACUCUUUUGUUGCAAUCGCUGGUAAUGCCGAAGUCGCCGAUGCUGAAAUUUGUUUGCA